AUGGGGGUGGGGUCUAAUUUCCUGCCGCUUCCCCCCCCUCAGGAAUCUUAGGCCAGCUCUGGUUUUGCUGGAGGUCUCCAGGGAGCACCAGAGCACUGGGGGGGGGGGAGCAUAGAGAGUUUCCCACCCUGUAGUUUUUCCAGUACUUGAGUUAAAUGUUGAGGAAACACAUGGGCUCGAAACACCUGAGUAAAAAUCAUUUCACCUGUCAAUCAAUCAGCAUGCCCUUCCCUUACUUGUCUGAUGCGCUCUAGUCAUCUGAGUAGAGAAUAUGUGAAAUGGGAUAUUACAAAACAUGGGUGGGGGGUGUGUGUGUGCGUGUGACCUUUUUACCAAAAAAAGCCAAACAAUUAAUUUCCAGGCCCUACUCCUAUAUCCUAAAGGAACUCCCACCCCCAAAAAAAGAACAUACACAAUUGGGUGUUUCCUUUGUGGGUCAACUUUAACCAUGCGUUCCUGAUAGCCUCAUCUAUGAUGGUUAACUGGGUUAGCACUUAUUUAGCAUGUGUCUUCUGGGGUGUGAGGUUUGGUUAGAUUAGAUUAUUACAUAGGCCCUGAUGAUAUUUGGGAAUGUUCUGAUGCCGUAUGAGAGAAGGGGCUUGUUGAAUCUGGAAAUGGCCUUUUAUUUUUAUUUUAUUUUUUGGAGGGCAUUGGGAAAGACAGGUGACAGUCUUUAUAUUUAUUUAGCAAUGGGAGUACUUCUAGUACAGUGUAGAGUAAACUGAUGUUUAAAAGGUAAAUUGUGCUCCAUGCUCUGUUUGAGCCUGAGAUGACCAUGUCUGGGAAAUAUGUGGCUUUCCUUCACAAUUACAUUCAUUUUGCUGGGUUUUUUAAUAUCAGAACUUGAUACCAUUUUGUGUGUGUGUACCUUCCUUUGUGUGUUUUCUAGUUACUAAUAGGCUGCACUAUUCUCCAUAUGCUUAUAUCAUGAUGAUAUAGGAGCAGGCUAAAUAAAUAUUACUAUCUGAAUCUCACAUUGUAGUGGCAUUUCUGUGGGGAAUUUAUAGAUUUACAUUUAAAUAAUUCAAGAUUGUAAACUCACAUAACAAAGAUGUUGCUGCCAAGUCUCCAUAUAUCUGCACUGAUGUUGUCAUGACACUGAUGAUAUUUGUAAUUUAUUUUGUGCUGCAAACCUUGUAGAUACUUGAAAGUUGCCUGAUGAUAGAAGGUUGCUUCAGUGAAGUAGUCCUUUGUGCAUGGUUUACUGUAGUAAAUAUACUGACCUGUGUCACUAACUUUUAAAAAGUAUUUUAAUUCUAAUAAUCUAACUUGCUAUUUUACCAUUAGUCCAUUUAUUUUCUUUUUGCAAAUCACUCUGCUUGGCCAAACUUUAUUUUCUGUCUGUAAUUAGUGUCCCUUUCUGGUUGGCUUGCAUUAGUGCAAUGCUGUUGUAUUUUUUGGGUUUGUAAUCUUGCAAGGAAGAUCUUGGGUAUAUUCCCAUGAUUUUUUUAAAAAUAUGAACAUACAAGUUUUAGUCCAGCCUCCUUCUUUUCUUAACAAAACUAGAAUUUGAGUGUAAACAGUGUAGAAUGUCUUUUUAAAUAUCUUGACCUAUUUAAACUGCCCAUUCAUAAUAAGCUGUUUGUUCAGAUUGUAUUUAAAAUUAAAAUAAAAAUACAUCUCAAAGUACUCCUUUUGCCUCGGUACCAGGAAAUCAUUUAAUAGUUAAACUACAACAGAAAAUUUUUACCCAUGCUGUAUGUGACUUUCUACUUAGGGGAUUUUAUACAUUGUGCCAAACUGUAUUAAGUAUGGGCUUCACGAAGGCCCUUAACUGGAAAAAUGCUAUAAUAUAUAGGGAAAGAAAGCACAGUACUACACUGAUAUUGUACACAGGGUUAGUGUAAAAGAUGUUGAGAUUAAGCAGUCGAGAGAGUUAUGUGACCGUUCUAUCCUGACCUAAUACAAGUGAAAGACAGAGAUGAUGUUGUUGUGCCUGAACUGUGAAUGUUUUACGAUAAAGGCCAGCUAAAAUGAUAACACUAGUAUAUAGUGUAUAUUUUUUGAAAAUCCUUCUUAGUCGUGAUUUUCCUAAACAAGCUUGAGGCUUCUUCAUAUUGGUAACUUCUGAAUGUAAUGGCUCAUUGCAAUCUGAUUUAUAUUUGAUGAAUGAAAAUACUGAUGAUUUUAAGCACAGUGAUUAGCCCAAACGAUACUGAUACAAAGAGAGGAAAUGCAGAUCAGUCGUCAUUCAUAGGAUUAUUAGUCCCAUGUUAUUGUUUUUCCCCCUAGAAUCCCUGACCUUGAAGAUGGUGAGUAGCCAGCCAAAGUACGAUCUAAUACGGGAGGUUGGUCGUGGUAGUUACGGUGUGGUGUAUGAAGCAGUCGUCAGGAAGACCUCUGCGCGGGUUGCAGUGAAAAAAAUUCGGUGUCAUGCUCCAGAGAAUGUGGAACUAGCUCUACGUGAGUUCUGGGCACUGAGCAGUAUCAAGAGCCAGCAUCCAAAUGUUAUCCAUCUGGAGGAGUGCAUCUUACAGAAAGAUGGUAUGGUGCAGAAGAUGUCACAUGGUUCCAGUUCUUCCCUUUAUGUACAGCUUGUAGAGACCUCAUUAAAAGGAGAAAUAGCCUUUGAUCCCAGAAGCGCCUAUUACCUUUGGUUCGUAAUGGAUUUCUGUGAUGGAGGAGAUAUGAAUGAGUACCUGCUAUCCCGAAAGCCCAGCCGCAAGACCAACACCAGUUUCAUGCUUCAACUCAGCAGUGCCCUGGCUUUCCUUCACAAAAAUCAGAUUAUCCAUCGUGAUCUCAAACCUGACAACAUUCUGAUCUCACAAAGCAGAAUGGAUGCUAGUGACUUGGAACCCACUCUGAAAGUAGCCGAUUUUGGGUUAAGUAAGGUAUGUUCAGCUUCAGGACAGAACCCUGAAGAGCCUGUCAACGUAAAUAAAUGUUUCCUUUCAACAGCAUGUGGGACUGACUUCUACAUGGCCCCUGAAGUCUGGGAAGGACAUUACACUGCAAAAGCAGACAUUUUUGCAUUGGGGAUUAUAAUUUGGGCAAUGUUAGAAAGGAUCACCUUCAUAGACACUGAGACUAAGAAAGAACUUUUGGGGAGCUAUGUGAAGCAAGGGACAGAGAUUGUGCCAGUUGGGGAGGCACUUCUAGAAAACCCCAAAAUGGAACUUCUCAUCCCUGUAAAGAAAAAAUCUAUGAAUGCCCGUAUGAAGCAGCUGAUUAAAGAAAUGCUGGCUGCCAACCCACAAGACCGUCCUGAUGCUUUUGAAUUAGAACUCAGAUUAGUCAAAAUUGCUUUUAAAGACAGCAACUGGGACACGUGACCUCGAAUACUCAAACCUCUCAACAGAGCUGCUUCUGUUUUUUCACAAUGGUGCAGCCUUUUGUGGCAGCAAAAAACAAAACAAACCUGAACUGAGAACUUCAGGGUUUAGUUUUUACCAACUGAAUUUCUUUUGAUUUGCAUAAAUUAAAGUAAACUUGAGUUGGCCAUUUUGUUUUAAAUACAUUUAUAUGUAUAUUACCAAGAUGUUAUACUAAAGUGUGGAUGUAAAGAUAAUUUAUAUAAGUUGGCCAAGAAAAUUCAUGAGUUGAGAUGUUCUUGCUUUCCAGAAAUAUGUUAUGGAGUAUUGCAGACAUUCCAGUUUCCUAGCACAGUAUUAGGAAUUCCCAUGGAAGAGGAGGUUUGCAUGCUGGUAAUGCAAAUCCUUGUGCUUUGUAAAGUAAAACUAUGUGUAUAUAUUUAUGUCUAUGUGAGUGACUGAGCAUGUGAGUUUGCAUUCCAUACAGAGAAAAUGCCACUUUUGUUUAAAUUAUUUGGUGUGAAUCUGGAUGAUUGGGAUCUGUGAGGAAAACAAACGAAAAGCAUACUUCCCUCCCCGCUCCCAAAUGAAUUGUUUUUUUACAUUUUUAUUUUUAUAGCCUAUAAAUG